AGGAUUAAGUCGCUUCUAGAACAGUGAUACCGAAUGUCUCAUCGAGACUGAAGUGAUCCUCCUCCUUGAGCUGGUUUGGUUCAGCACACUCUACAGCAUGGUUCUACGAGCCAACAUGUUAUAGAUCACGAAGCCAGUUUGUUUAUUAGAGCUGAUGACGACGGAGUAAUAAACAUUGAAAAGGCUCGGUCGUGGGGAAAAACUUCCUCAGUGUCCCAAGUGCUGCGAGACAGAUAAGGAUGAGUGUCACUCUCAUAUUCGCGUCCAUCAUCAUCGUGUAUCUCCUGCACGACUUCGUGAAAAAACUCCUCGUUUGGUCCAAACUCCCACCAGGUCCAUGGGGUGUACCAUUCCUGGGCUCGAUCCCCUUUCUCCUGGGAGGGCCCCUCCACAAGAUAUUGGACUCCAUGAGGAAGAAGUACGGGGACAUCUACACCCUCGGCUUGUUCCACAAACAGGUCGUCAUGCUUAGCAACUGGGAAUUGGUGCGCGAUUUCUUCGGACGGACAGAAUUCUCUGGCAGACCUGAUGCAGUGGCCUUUCGACAAUUCUCUUUCGGAAAAAACGGCAUCAUAUCAUCGGAAGGCAGCCUGUGGCAAGACAACCGUCGCUUCACCAUGCGGGUUCUGAGGGAUUUCGGAUUCGGGAAGACGGCUGCCUUGGAUUCCAUGAUUCAAGACGCCGCACUAGGUCUCUGCCAAUAUUUCAAAGAGAACAAGGACAAGCCACAAGACUUUGGCCCUCGUCUCAAUCUUGCCGUCCUCAACAUCAUCUGGAAAAUGGCUGCCGACAAAACAUUCUCGCACGACGAUCCGAAGAUGCAGGACUUCAUGAAUCGAUUAAUGCAAGUGAUGAGCGACUCCGCCCUCGUCGGACCAUUUCAAUGGGUCCCUGCGUUCAUCUACCUCUGGCCGCCUGCACUCCGGGCCAGUCGACGCGUCGAUCGCAAUAUGGCCGUCAUUAGCCAAAUAUUCUUGGAUGAGGUGAGACAACACAAGCGAAAUCUGCCUUCGUCCGGCGGAGCCAAGGACUACAUCGACGCCUACCUCACCGAAAUGGAACAACAGAAGUCUCGGGGGGAAAUCAACCCAAAUUUUUCCGAACUCCAAUUACGAGUGAACAUCUCGGAUCUGUUCAUCGCUGGAAGCGAGACGACGUCAAACACAACUCGUUGGUGCAUUCUUUUUCUCCUCUGUCACCCUGAAAUUCAAGAGAAACUUCAGGCUGAAAUAGACAACGUUGUCGGGCGUGACAGACUUCCUUCCCUCAACGAUCGAGACAGAAUGCCCUACACCGAAGCAUUCAUAAUGGAAGUGCAGCGCCUGGCGCGCCUAACACCCCUCGGCGUGACUCAUGCUGUCACUGAAGACGUGGAAUUCGACGGCUACCGAUUCCCAAAGGGGACGGUGUUCAUGUCGAACAUAUGGUCUUGUCACUCGGAUCCCAAGUACUGGCCGGAUCCGGAAAAGUUUGAUCCUGGAAGAUUUCUCAACUCCGACGGGACCUUGAAGACCAAAAUUCCCAGUUUUCUUCCCUUUGCCCUUGGGAAGCGUCAAUGUCUGGGCGAAUCCUUGGCACGCAUGGAGCUUUUCUUGUUCGUGACCAUCUUCAUGCACAACACAGAGAGAAUGAAACACGAAUUCACAAGCCAUAUAAACACGUUCUUGUAGCUCCUGACAAAUACUCCAGAAAGGUGAAAAGAGUUAGGGAUUCACAUUCCAUGUAAUUGAUAAUUGUAACAGGGUUGACGCCAAUGUUAGAACAUUGUUACAAUAUUGUCGUGAUGUCUGUGAAGAAGUAUUGAAGGACAUCAAUAUUUUCCCAACGUGGUGCAUAUCGAUCAUUCCCGUUCUACUCCUUUCUCUCCUCGAUGAGGAAUUGGAAAGGCUUUGGAGGAUUCACAGCGAAACUGUCA